GGAGCUGUAAACGCGUGAUGUUGCGCGUGGUCAUCAUGAGUGCCUCACACCAAGGAUAAUGGGAGUGGGAAUUGUGGGUGGCAAAACCCAGCCCUUCCCUGGAAUUGGCUAUAAGACGAUGAAAAGAAUUGUCAAAUCCGGGCAUUCAUUGCUCACUCUCUCUCUUCUUUCUCUCUCGAACUAAGCAUGGUCGCAACCUGAAACCACAAAGCCACUGAAACCCGGUGUAUGUUCAUCUCCUCAUGUUUUGUCUAUUUUCUUUACUUUCUUGACUUGUUUAAACUUUAAGAUAUUUCAUUUUGAAGCUUAGGGAAAUCCCAAAAUCGUGGUUGUUGUUCUAUUUAAGCAGAGAAAGAACUUAAGUUAGGUCUUUGUAGCUUUACCAAUUUUCCAUUGGCCAUGUCGACUUUGGUGAAUUCCGUGCCUAAUUUGGCAAACCCAUCACCGGAGGGGAGAGGGAAGGGUUGUGGGUUCUCUUUCAAUGUCCCAAAUUUUCAUUCUUUAUCACUCAACAAGGGAUUUCCCAGAGUUUUGGCUUCUAACCAGAUCACCAUUUCUCCAAAGGACUCUGUAACGUCAAUACCCAACUGGAGGUCUGGAAAGAAUGAUUCAAGAAUUAGAGAAAACAGGCUCAAUGAUGCAUUUUACCAUAUGGAGUACAUGGUGGGGAAGGGGUAUAAGCCUGAUGUGGUUCAAGCAACACAGAUGUUGUAUGAUUUGUGCAAGUCAAAUAAGAUGAAAAAGUCGAUAAGAGUAAUGGAGAUGAUGGUUGGGUCAGGUAUAAUACCUGAUGCAGCUUCCUAUACUUUCUUGGUUAAUCAUCUUUGUAAGAGGGGGAAUGUUGGACAUGCCAUGCAGUUGGUUGAAAAGAUGGAGGAUUACGGGUACCCUACUAGUAAUGUCACGUAUAAUUCGCUUGUUAGAGGACUCUGUAUGCAGGGAAACUUGAAUCAGUGCUUGCAAUUUGUGGAAAGGUUGAUGCAAAAGGGGCUUGAACCAAAUGCAUUUACUUACUCGUCUUUGCUUGAAGCAGCUUAUAAGGAGAGAGGAGCCCAUGAAGCCAUUAAGCUUUUGGAUGAGAUAAUUGCAAAAGGUGGGAAACCUAACCUGGUUAGUUACAAUGUUGUACUUACUGGGUUGUGCAAGGAAGGUAGAAUUGAGGAAGCCAUUUGUCUCUUCAGGGAUUUACCAUCUAAGGGGUUCACUCCAAAUACUGUGAGUUAUAACAUUUUACUCAGGAAUCUUUGCUAUGAUGCCCGGUGGGAGGAUGCAAAUAAGCUCCUGGCUGAGAUGAAUGGUGAGGAUUGUUCCCCGUCUAUGGUUACUUACAAUAUACUAAUUAAUUCGCUUGCAAUCCAUGGCAAGACUCAGCAAGCACUGGAAGUUUUAGAGGAAAUGUUAAGGGGACCAUUCAAGCCCUCCGCAGCUAGCUUCAACCCAAUAAUUGCUCGUCUAUGCAAAGAGGGAAAGUUGGACCUCAUUGUGAAGUGUCUAGACCAAAUGAUCUAUAGGUGCUGUAAUCCUAGCGAGGGUACUUAUAAUGCUAUUGCCUUGCUCUGUGAGGAAGGAAAGGUUCAAGAGACAUUUUCCAUAAUUCAUAAUUUGGGCAGUAAACAAAAUUUCUCCAUGCAUGACUUCUACAAAAACGUGAUAUCUAGCUUGUGUAGAAAGGGGAACACUUACUCAGCAUUCCAGCUUCUAUAUGAAAUGACCAAGUAUGGUUUUACACCGGACUCUUAUACCUAUUCAUCUUUGAUUAGGGGGUUGUGCAUGGAGGGAAUGCUGGAUGAGGCUAUGGAGAUCUUAAGCAUAAUGGAAGAAACCGACUGUAAACCUAGUCUCGACAAUUACAAUGCCCUAUUGUUAGGAUUUUGCAAGUCUCAAAAAACAGAUUUUUCCUUAGAAGUAUUUGAGACGAUGAUUGAGAAGGGAUAUAUGCCUAGUGAAACGACGUAUAGCAUUAUAGUGGAAGGACUUGCCCAUGAAGAUGAAACAGUGUUAGCAGCUGAAGUUUUGAAAGAGCUGCAAAUGAGAAAUGUCCUCAGUCAAAAUACAGUUGGAAGACUUGUUAUGCAAUACGAUCUUGAGGAGCUGCCGAUGUAAGACACUUGUCUGAUUGAAAAUUGAUUCAUACAAAUGGUACUGGGGGAUUCUGAUGGUAGUGUUCUGUUCAAUCUGGUCUCAAAAUAAAUUAUUGAUUCUGACAUUGACCGUUGCAAGAGAAACUAUGAGAAAUCAUGGGCUUUUGUGUAAAACAUUGUAAAAGUAGGGGAAGAAAUAGAACAAGGUGAAGGAUUCUUGGUACAUGAUCUUUAUUUGCUUCAAGCUCAGUAAUUAUCUGCUGACACCUGUUUACUGUGCAGACAUUCCGAUGAGUCUACAUUGUACAAGAUGACUAUAGUCGUUAAUGGAAAUGAUAGAUUAGCCGUUU